AUGGGGAGCUCACAGCAAGCUGGAUGGCGUGAGGUACCCACAGCACCCGCAAAUGCAAGACCUACUUGGAAAGUUGUCAGGAGGACCAUGUACACCAUUGUUCUGCUCACCAUUGCUGCCGUCACAGGAGCUACAGAGAACACCAGAGUGUCAGUGACAAUAGGUAACAGCUUCGUGCUCAACUGCCCUCCCAAAUCAAAUAUAAUUAUAGUAGCAUGGAAAAUAAGCCCCAAGAUUGGAAGCCCCUGCACCUUGGGAUACAGAGCUGAUCAGAACAAGACAGACAGAACAAACUGCAGUGACAGCAUGGACUGGAAAUUCAGACCAGAUUGGGAUCCUGCCCUUGAGAUACGGCAAGUGGGAAUAGCCCAUGAGGGAAAUUACACCUGUGAAGUAGUAGCAACAGAAGGCAAUUUCCACAAGACGUAUCACCUGACCAUGCUGG